AUGAGGUAUCUUCCAUUCUGUGUGGCAACUUGCUCCCCCUUACGGGCUUUUGCACUAAAAUGGAGCUUUGCAAAGGGUGUUGGUGCACGGCACCUUUCCAGCCUCAAAUCUGAAAGCGACGACCCCUUGAGAAUCCUCUUCUGUGGCACCGACCAAUUCAGCGUUGCUUCGUUGCAGGCGCUUGAGAAGUACUCGAAGACGCCCGAGAGCAACAUUCUCUCCAUUGAUGUCGUAACAAAGACCGACAAGAGGGUCGGACGUGGCCGCAAGCUCGUCAAGCCGCCCGACAUCAAACCUGCAGCCCUGAAACUGGGCCUGCCCGUCCACCAGAUCGACACGUUCACGGGCUGGAGCCCGCCUACGUUCAGUGACACGGCCACCCCGUUUUGCAAUCUGGUCAUCGCCGUCUCCUUCGGUUUAUUAAUUCCGCCUCGCAUCCUCCGGGUCGCCAAGUAUGGUGGUCUGAACGUCCAUCCCUCCAUGCUUCCAGACCUCCGGGGCCCGGCACCUAUCCAGUGGGCUAUCAUCACUGGGCGGCAAAGGACCGGCAUAUCGCUACAGACCCUUCACCCUACGCGGUUCGACGAGGGGAUAGUACUGGACCAAACGACACCUCCCGGACUGGAUAUCCCCAAUCCAGACGAAAUAACCACCGAGGAACUCACCAGCUAUCUAGCUCCCAUCGGUGCCAAAUUGCUAGUUGAUGCUAUCAGGAACCGUCUGUAUAUACCACCUUACAAGGCCGUCGAGUCUCGCGAUAGUACGAAUGUGGACUUAACACAUGCCCCAAAGGUCACCAACGAGCUUUGCGCCAUCGACUUUGAGGCACUCACGAAGUCUGAGAUUCUAAGGCGAAACCGUGCCCUUCGAUCUCUUCAUAGCUUUGUCAGAUUCGGCCCCGAGACACACCAGGUGCUCCGGAUCAAUUUCGGAACCGACAUGAGAGAUAUAAGAGAUGGAGACAUCCCGGAAGAAGUCAGGAUAGCAGCAGAAGUGACGCCGGCUGGGGUUCCCUACGCAAUCGUGGCCGCACAUGAGAAUGUCAAUGAGAGUUCAAAGCCUUUGAUCAUCAACGCGCGGUCAGACAAGUAUCAAGGAAGUCAACAAAUUGUCAUUCCGAUAAUCACUGUCGCGUCCAGGGCCAAAGGCCCAGUAUAA